AUGGUGACCAAAGAAAUGGUUUCAUCACUUAAUAUCAUCGAGGUAGCACGAGUCACCCCUUCGAACUCUGACUCGUCCGAGUCCCUCACUCUCCCACUCACCUUCUUCGACCUUCAAUGGUACAAACUCCACACGGUUAAACGAGUCAUCUUCUACAGACUCACCCACGCAACUCGCCCUUUCUUCGACUCAGUCAUCGUCCCCAAGCUCAAAACCUCUCUCUCCUCAUCCCUCUCUCACUAUCUCCCACUGGCUGGCAAACUCGUUUGGGAACAAGUUGACCCCAAACCAAACAUAGUCUACUCGCCAAAUGACGCCGUUUCAUUCACCGUCGCCGAGUCAAACGCUGAUCUCUCUCGUCUAUCCGGCAACACACCGUUCUUCUCCACAGAGCUAUACCCGUUAGUCCCCGAGUUACGUGUCUCCGAAGACUCAGCCUCCGCCGUGUCGUUCCAAGUCACGUUAUUUCCAAACCAAGGGUUUUGCAUUGGCUUAAACGCACACCAUGCCGUUUUGGAUGGAAAAACGACAACCACGUUUCUCAAAUCAUGGGCUCACACAUGUAAAGAAGAACACACUUCCCUACCACUGGAUCUAACCCCAGUUUACGAUCGUACGGUCAUAAAAAGUCCAACGGAUUUGGAUAGAGAGGUCUUAAACGUUUGGCACUCGUUAGGCAAAAAAUUCUCCGGCGGGAAAGAACCAGAAAAUCCCAAAAGUUUAAAGCUUUUGCCGUCGCCGGAGAUCGAUCCUGACGUCGUUCGAUACACUUUCAGUCUCACUCGAGAAGAUAUCCAGAACCUUAGAGAACGGCUCAAGAGAGAAUCCUCUGUUUCCUCGUCAUCCAAGCAGCUUCGCUUAUCGACGUUUGUGAUUGUUUUCUCCUACGCUUGGACGGCUUUAAUCAAAGCCAGAGGCGGUGAUCUGGAUAGACCAGUCGGGUACGGAUUUGCGGUGGAUUGUCGAAGCCUCAUGGAUCCACCGGUUCCGUCGACUUAUUUUGGCAAUUGCAUUUCCGCUUGUUUUAAAAUACCCACAAAGGCAGAGACGUUUGUGAGGGAACAAGGGUUUUUGGCUGCUGCGAGAUUGGUUAGUGACUCGGUCGAGGCAUUGGACGAGAGUGUAGCAUGGAAGAUCCCAGAGCUUUUGGAAGCAUUUGCGACUAUUCCACCAGGCGCACAACUUCUCUCCGUUUCGGGUUCGACCCGGUUUGGAGUAUACCGGUUGGAUUUCGGGUGGGGCAGACCGGAGAAAGUGGUGGUUGUGUCAAUUGAUCAAAGCGACUCGAUUUCCCUGGCCGAGAACAGAGAUGGAAAUGGAGGUGUGGAGGUUGGCUUCUCCCUCAAGAAACAUGAAAUGGAUGCUCUCAUUGAUUUGCUUCAUAACGGCCUAAAUGUUUAAAUCACUUUUCUUUCUUCACAAGCAAAAAAAAAAAGUAAUAUAAGAAAACUAUAUCGAUCUUAUGUGUGGAUAAUGGCUAUAAGUAUGAAUAAGGGGAAAUUGUAACUUUCAAGUUAUUGAAGAAGAAGAUGAUAAAAUGAGGUUUCAGUCCCCAAAACUUCAACCGUAGCAAACUCAGACGGGAGUCGCAACACA